CUAGGACUUCCCUGGUUAGAUGUUUGGCUGGAUAGUGUAGAGGGGUCACUUACAGUCACGGCCGCUGGCUUGGAGCAGACUUGGAGGGAAGCUGCUGGUGCAGGUGCUCCUAAAAAAUUCAGGGUUGUUCCGUGGCUAGGUGAACAUCACAUGGAUUUGUCUGAACUACGGGGUGUUGCAGCAGGGAAACUUGUCAGGUGGAAGUCUUUGCAAUUGGAACAGGAGAGCUUAGAAGCCUCUAUUCGGGCAGAGCUAGGGGUCUGGGCUCUUAGUGGCUAUCCAGCUCACCACCUUCGCAAAAUCUGGGGCGGCCUACCCCAUUUUCCAUAUGCAUCUCGCAUUGCUUUGCGUACCCUGGAUGAUUGGUCGAAUAGUGGCUUGCCGACCUGCAUUAGGUUUCCUGUAGACAUGCCUGACUGGCACUCGCGUCGCCAUGACCAGCCUUACUCAAGCUCGUACCACUCGUCUCGGGGACAGUGGUAUGGGCACGGCGGCAAAGGUGCUGGCAAGGGCCACGGGAAGCAUCAGGGCAACUCACAGCGCUUCAGCCCUUACAGCAACGGCCGGGGAGGAGGACUAGAGCAGGCAGUUUCUCGUUCCUUCCAAACUGCGCUUAGUUCUACACUGGAGAGUGCAAUCUCAGAAGGCUUCGCGAUGCUAACCUCCAGGUUGACCAAUGGCGUGGAUCAGCAGCAACUGCAGCAGCACAGCUCCCCCCCUGCCAGGGCCGGCAGUACGCUUACUCGUGCGAUUGUGGGCUUCUUCGGUGGUACCAACAAGGAGACGACUGAGGCCAAGCCUUCUCUGCCAGCUACCAGCUCGGAAGCCACAGACGCCAACAACGCGGCGCUGCAGAUGGCCCUUGAGCAGCAGUCCCAGACCAUGCAGUUGAUGAUGGAUUUCAUGAAGACCUCACAGGAGAGAGGUGGUGAUGCUAAGGUGGUGACCACAAGCGGCACAACAGACAGUACGGAUCAAAAAGAUGAGGCUAUCAAGCAGUUGCAGGAGCAAGUUGCGAGUUUGGCAAAGCAGCUUGCUGAGAAGUCUAACCAGGCCAGUGCUUCGACCACAGGCAAGAACCUUCGUCAGACGGAGCUUCCCUUCAAGCCAGCGCCAGGCAACUGA